UUGGGGUCUUCUUCCUUUUAGCUUUCUAAGCGUUGUUGGCCUGGCAGACGAGAAGCAGGAAAGAAGAAAGUCAUUAAUUAUUUAGGAAGUUCUCCGGAGCUGGAGAAGAGCAGCAUGAACACCAGCAUCAUGUACGCCAGCAGGAAGAGGAGGAAACCCGUGCAGAAGACGUCCAAGCCAACGCCGAGUGAUGGAAUCAAGUCAAACCCGUCAAAGAGGCACAGAGACCGUCUCAAUACUGAGCUGGAUAGAUUAGCCAGUCUCUUGCCCUUCCCGCAGGAAAUCAUAACUAAACUUGACAAACUUUCUGUGCUCAGGCUAAGUGUCAGUUUUCUCAGGGCCAAGGGCUUUUUUGAAGUUGCACUACAAGGUUCUAAGAUAGAUGGCAAUGGAAUCAGUGAAAGUCGAAGAACAAUUAAAUCCGGAGAAGAUCUACAUUUAUUAGAAGGAGAACUUUUGUUACAAGCACUCAAUGGAUUUGUCUUGGUAAUUGCUGCAGAUGGUCUUGUCUUCUUUUCCUCAUCCACAAUUCAGGAUUAUCUUGGGUUUCAGCAAUCCGAUGUAAUUCACCAAAGUGUUUUUGAGCUGAUUCACACAGAAGAUCGACCCGAAUUUCAACGUCAGCUGCACUGGGCAUUGGACCCUGUUCAACCGUCAGCAGAGUCGCAGAGUUCCACAGGAGACAAUGGAUUCCCAGUGAUAACAAACUUGUAUAAUCCUGACCAACUUCCGCCUGAGAAUUCAUCCUUCAUGGAAAGGAACUUUGUCUGCAGGCUAAGAUGUCUUUUAGACAAUUCCUCUGGGUUUUUGGCUAUGAAUUUUCAAGGACGCCUGAAAUAUCUCCAUGGACAGAACAAGAAAGGGAAAGACGGGGCACCAGUUCCUCCUCAGCUUGCACUCUUUGCCCUGGCUACACCGCUGCAAUCACCGUCCAUAUUGGAGAUCCGAACCAAAAACUUUAUCUUCAGAACAAAGCACAGACUAGACUUCACCCCAAUAGGGUGUGAUGCAAAAGGAAGUGUGGUGCUCGGUUACACAGAAGCAGAAUUGUGCGUUAGAGGAACUGGAUAUCAAUUUAUUCAUGCUGCAGAUAUGUUGUAUUGUGCAGAGAAUCAUGUGCGAAUGAUCAAGACUGGAGAGAGUGGUAUGACUGUGUUCAGACUUCUCGGAAAAAAUAACAUAUGGAUCUGGGUACAAGCAAAUGCACGUCUCGUAUAUAAGAAUGGGCGACCAGAUUACAUCAUUGCAACACAAAGACCUCUGACAGAGGAAGAAGGAGCAGAGCACUUAAGAAAGCGAAACACACAGCUGCCUUUCAUUUUUGCAACUGGUGAGGCGUUGUUGUAUGAGAGCUCAUUUCCCUUGCAAAGCAUAUUGGGCCCCUCACAAAAUAAACCUAAAAGUUCGUCAAGUAAAGGCUCCUCUGCCAAAGUAACAGCAAAUGAGCAACCUGUCAAUCCUGCCUCCCUUUUGGGUGCCAUGCUGAGACAGCAGGAUGAGUCUGUGUACAUUUAUCCUCCAGCUCCAAAUACUUUUUCGUUUGACAUUUUCAAAGAUAGCAGAAAUGAGCUGAGCAGCAGCUUUCCCAGUGGCUGGCAAGACAAUCGGCUACCUGUGGCCAACAGCAAUAUGAAGCAAGGGGAUGCAGCCUUUUCUCGGGGAAAGGAUGCAACACUGUCAUCAGAACAUACAGACGUCUUCGCUGAGGGCAAAAACAGUGAGCUUUAUAAUAUUAUGAGGAGCCUAGGGAUCGAUUUUGAUGACCUGGAGAUGAUGCAGCAAGAUGAAGAGUUUUUCAGAAAUGAAUUUGAAUAUCCAGACAUCGGGGAAAUCGAUGUGGCAGAUGAAAUUUUAAAUUAUGUUCAGGAUUCUCUAAACAAGAAAUCGGAUUGCAUGUUCAUAAACUCUGUUCAGCAAAUACCUUGCAUACAGGACUCCAACAAUGUAGUACAAAGCAGCCUCAACACAGCACAAAUGCGUCCACAACAGCCUAACCAAAUGAUCCCACAGCAGCUGUGUCAAAAAAUGAAACACAUGCAAGUCAAUGGUAUUUUAACGAACUGGAAUUCUGUAAAUUGUGUCCCUCUAACAUAUCGGGAUCAGCGAACUGAGCAGUAUGUUCCUAGACUCAACAAUGUAGCCCCAGACUAUUAUAAAUCUGAAAUCACCAGUGUUCCAUAUGCUUGCAAACAGGAAUAUAUGCCUUAUCAGGAGACCAUGCCCUCAGGGCCACUGCCAUCAAAUGUUACGCAAAUGGACUUUGAUCUUGCAAAUGUGGAGCAGCCAGUGUUUCCUGCACCCGCAAACCUGGAUGGGCUUAUAGAAUGUUUAUCACAGACUCCUGAAAUGCAAGACUGUGGUGUAAAUGCACAGACAGUUAUAAUGAAUACCCAGCCUUGCUACUCUGGUGCUGUAUCGAUGUAUCAGUGCCUCCCGGAACCCCAGCCAUCCUGUAUGAAUCAGAUGCAAUAUAAUGCAGUCAUGCCAGCACAACAGCAGUUAAUAAACAAACAGUUCCAGAAUGGGUUUGUGGGAGGAAACCUAAAUGAAACCUAUACCACACCAAUGGAAAUGGUAAACAGCACCCAGACUGCUCAACAUAUACCAUCCCAUCAUCUCCCUGAAAGCUCCAAGCUUUUCCCAGACAUGCCGUCAAGUGGAUUCAUGUGAGGAGAACAGCCUUUGUGCGCACUGUAAAAUGUGCUUCUAUUGGCCUCAAUAAAAGAAGACUUAAUGCUGAACAUGCUUUAAGAGCCACAUUACAUCAUAAAGAGUUUAUUUGGGCUAUUUGCACUUUGUAGCCCCCCCCCCCAGUGGCUUACACAUUGGACAGGGCUGGCCGGGCCAUACAUGGAAGUAGAAAGAGCAUAUUAUGGAAUUAAGCAGAACGGCUCUGCUUUUCCCUUUUAUUAUUCAAAGUUCAUGUUAUUUUCAGUGAAAUUUUACGUCAUCGUAUUUUUGCUAUCCAGUUCUGUAAUAUAUAGCAUCAUAAGCAACAAGAUAAGGCAACAUUUUAUUUACCUCUACUGCUGUACAAUCAAAAUUUUUCUUAAUACAGCACUUAAACCCUUUGAGUACUAUGGCAUGAUAUAUCAUUUUAUAUAAAAUUUGCUUACCUUUUAUAAUUUUGACUUCUACAAUAGGAAAAAAAGAGUAACAGAAGCACUUAAAGUGGCAUUUCCAUUCACCGUGUAAGGUUCAUUGAUGAACCUUAGGUCAUAUUUUGUAUGUCAAUGUGCAUAUUUGUCCUCACGCAUCAUCUCCACAUAAGUGAUGUGGUUUUAGAGCUAUGCUUAUGAAAUGGGGUGUAGCUACAUCUGAAUGC